AUGUCGUUACGUGAUGAUGAGUCGGUGAUGGACGUAGAAGGAGUGUCACUUGAUCGUGAGACAGCCGUCUACAAGGAUCACGGUCACCUUCAGAGGCCUGCGAAGACAAAUCGGCGGCAGAGCUUACUUAUAUGA